AAUGGUUGUCUUAAGCCACCGUACAACGAUGUGAAGACGACACUGACAAGCAGCUGUUGCUACAAUGUUACAGAACCCCCACGUGCAAAAAACAGUCUCUCACUAUUUGAAUACUUCGUUAUACGGUGGUUGCGUGUCAGAGAGUUAGACGAAUACAUUGUUCGUGCUGUCAAAGAGGAAGAUGGAGUCCGUUAUAAAGAUUAAUCCUGGAGCGACGAAAUGGGACAUUCGAGAGAAAGUUUGGGACUACAUUGAAUCCAAGAACUUGGCAAACUUUCCUAGGCCCGUUCACAACAGAAUUCCAAAUUUCAAGGGUGCCCACACAGCCUGUGCCAAGGUCUCUGAGCUCCAGGUCUUCUCCAAGACAGAUGGGGUGAAGGUGGAUCCAGAUAAGCCACUGGAGGGGGCACGCCUGGCUGUGCUGCAGACGAGGAAGACCUUGCUGGUCCCCACCCCUCGUCUCCGUACUGGACUCUUCAACAAGAUCGUCCCCCCAGAAGGAGCCAGCAAAGAGGAACUGCGUGUGUGCUCCACCUCCCAGGGUGUAAAGGAGUUCAGCGUGCCUGUGGGUCUGGAGACGAAGGUGCACGUGGACCUGGUGGUGGUGGGCUCAGUGGCCGUGUCUGAGAAAGGUUACCGGAUAGGGAAAGGAGAAGGAUUUGCUGACUUGGAGUAUGGUAUGAUGGUGGCGAUGGGGGCAGUGAGCGAGUCCACUGUGGUGGUGACUGUGGUCCAUGACUGCCAGGUGGUGGACUUCCCAGAGGAGCUGAUGGAGAGUCACGAUCUCACUGUGGACUACAUCCUUACUCCCACCAGAGUCAUCAAGACAGACUGCCAGCGCCCCAAACCCUCCGGCAUCAUCUGGUCUAAGCUGAACACAGACACCUUGGAGAGGAUCCCCAUCCUGAAGAAGCUGCGAGCCCUAGAGGAGCAGUCAGGGAAGGACGUCACCCUGGGGGCCAACCCCCCCGCGGGGGCCCGGGAUGGGGGCCGGGAUGGGGGCCGGAGGGAGCCCCGGCAGCGUGAGCCCAGACGCAGACCCAGGAGAGACACCCAGCAGGACGGGGAGGGGGAGGCCAGGCCGGAGAGACAGGAGCCCCGAGGGGAUGUGGAACAGAAGCCCAGACGUCGCCCGGCCAGAGUGAGGAGAGAGAGCAGGGGAGAGGACGGGAGGGGGGAGGGGAGGGCGAACGGAAGAGGGGGAGGCAGGGAGGAUGGUAGAGGGGGAGGCAGGGAGGAUGGUAGGGGAGGGGGCAGGGAAGACGGCGGCAGAGGGGGUGGGAGGGGCCGAGGAAGAGGAGGAGAUAGGGAGAGGAGAGAGCGUAACAGCGAGGAGGAUAAUGGCGUGGUGUCCGAGCGCCGCCCCCCACUGAGCGUGACCACGGUCUACCUAGGAGGCAUCCCUGCAGGCCUGCGAGUCAGCGAGCUGAAGACUGCCCUCCGGGAGAGGGAGGCCGCGCCGCUGAGGCUGACCUGGCAGGGGGCUCAGCACCGGGCCUUCCUGGACUACUGCGACCCCCAGGCUGCUGACCAGGCCCUGGAGGCCCUGCAGGGGCUCUCCCUCAACGGGCAGAGCCUGCAGGCAGAGCUGGCCAAGAGCCAGAGAGGAGGCAGGAGACCGGGGCCACCCAACAGGAGACCCAGGCCGGCACUGCCCAAGUCCUCCAGAGGAAACCCCCAGGAGAACUCAAGCGGGGUCCAUGCAGAGACUGAGGAACCCAGUGAGGACUAGUCUGCUGGCCGCACACCUCAACUCCAACUUUAGUAACAGAAGCUAAAAACACAGGCCUCGACAGAGAGAGAACGGGCGUGUUUUCAAGGAAAUUAAUGCCUUCGCUUUUUCAGAAGUGAAGUGUGAAAUGUGAAUGUGUUUUAAUGCCUUAAGCAGAGUUUGGUUUAUUAUUUUUAGUUUCUGUAUUGUUAAUAUACGUAACCCCCCUAUACUUUUGAAAUACUUCUCAUGCAGAGUGCACUGUAUAUCACUCAGAGGCAAGCCUGACGGUUAGUAUGUCAUAGCGGAAGGUUUAGACCUAAUUGCACUAUCGGAUCUUUCUCUAACAGUGAGGCAAUGUAAAAGGCCCCUUAAGUUCUUGUAAUGCUUUCAACAAUUUAAGAAUAUUUUGUGUACUAAAUAAACAGUAUUUAAGGAGUUUUGAACA